AUGCAUUUUCUAUCUUCGUAUUUACUUCUUUUGAUUGGCCUGGUGCCUGCGAUCCUCACAACACCAGUCGUACCAAUCGAAGACGAUGUCUUCCCACCUCCCGGCUUCGUCAUGACAGAGCCUCGCUUCGAAGUCGAGAUCCGACCCGGCGAGCACAUCAUCCUCAACGGGACGGUACAAAAAGUCUGGAACGAGAUUCUCCUCCUCAACCCAAACUACGAGACCGACUUUGCCCCACAGCUCGCAAAGCGGCGUGCCUUCUUCGAGGCCACAGAGAUAGCCUCCCUCGCCAGCCCGGCCGGGCCUGCCGUCAGACCUCUCUCAAACACGUUCACCGCCUUCGACAAGCGACAAAAGGAAGACAAGGGAGACUACAGCAGGAUCGGGUGCCACGGCUGCCCCAAGCCGCCGGACUGGAUGCUAUGCAUGCACAAGGGCUACGAGUACGGCUUCGAAUGGCCCGAGCAGAACAAGCCGGCCGAGGGCUACGGCGACUGGUCCGAGUGCCUCUGCCACCGGUACCAGGCAGACAUCCCUUAUACGAAGCGGAACAUCGACUACCUGAUGAAGGUGCCCGGUCCCGCCACCAUCUUGGCUGGGGAGUGCCAGAGGGUUGCGUGUCAGCACAAUAGUGGGAUUUCUUGGUGCAACUUGGGCAACUCGAGCUGGACCACUCCCACCGGCUUCUCCUGGAUUGCCCAUGCGGCGAAUGCUCUCCUGUAUAACUGCGACUCGGUCUGGGACUAUGGUGAGUGGUGGUCUAUCGGAGGAACACGCCACCAUCCUGGGGUACAGGUGGAUGUUAUCGUCAAGAACGUGGGGGUAGGAAAUCACUGCUAG